CAUCUUGAGAAAACCAAGGUCGGCCAUGGAUUAUUCCGAGUACUCGAAAGCAUUUAGAAGAUUUGAGACUUUACGAAACAGGAUCUAACGGCAGCAGUAUUUGGAGGCCCACGGAAAAACGAGCUACUGGUGGGAUGAUGAGGUACGUCGACCUCUGGAUGAUCUAACAGCGAUUGAAUUGAUGGGUCAUAGAUACGACCGGAAGAGCGGAAGACUGGAUUAAGCAUUGAUCGAGUCCUCUUUCAAUUGGACGCAUACGAUGAUAUUGUCAAACGCAUCACGAGGGUUGAGCCCACCAGAGUCUCCCGUCGUUUAUCUAGGGCGAACGCCCCUGCUUCGACCCGAAAGGCUACGUCAAGGAAAUCCGGGUUAAGGAUGAUCGUCAAUGACGAGCGUCUAGACGCCUUCGGAGAUACCGGCUCAUAUCAUAACAUGGUCGACGAAGAGUAUGUCCGCAAGCAAGGGCUGCCAAUAGGCGGUCAUGGAAUGAAACACAUGCUGGGCGACAAGAGCACGUUAUCUUCGCUGGGAACUGUGGAAUUGGAAGUCGCCUUCGAGGAUGAUCCGGCAAACCGGACGAGAAUUGUCGCACACGUUGUUCGGGAUUUCCCGUUCGAUCUCCUUCUCGGAAAUGGCUUUCUCUGGGAGACCAAAACGCUGACGAAGUUCUUCCAUCGUUUCCAGACGUGCGAGUUUCCCCGGCUGGGUUCGAAACGUUCAUUCCACUUCAUCGGACACCCGUCUGAGCGCUUCAAUGUAAUGCUGGAUGGCUCUCUCGCGGUCGCCGCAUGUUUGGAUACCGGUUCAAAUUGCAAUGUUGUCGACUCCACCUGGGCAAAACAGAAUUUUCUCCAUUCCGCACAGGUCCGGAGUACCAAGGUUGGCACUGUGGCCUCCGGUGAGCGGAGAGCCACGCUCGGGCAGGUACAUACAACGAUGAUAUUGCCGGACGGAUUGGUGGUCCCGCUCGUUCUUGAAGUUCUCAAGGAUUGUGCAGUCUCGUUUGUCGUUUGUGACGAGAUCAUAUUCGAAUACAGUCUGUACGACGAGUCGUACUCUCAUGCAUUCUCGGACGCUGAAAAUGAGAACAUGCUUCUCCACAUGGACUACUAUCCAUGGUACCUCAAUAUUGUGCAGAAAGCGAAGGAAAAGUUCCGAGAGUCGAAACCCUUUACAAAUACGAUCAACGCCACUUCCGACUCAGACGAACUGGAGCGCCAGUGGAACUGGGACCGGGAAAACGGCUGCGGGAGGGAUGCGGCCGUUGAUGAAUGGAUGCACGAGUACUUCCGACGUGAAAAGCACGAGAAGGCGCUGUACCCUAACGUUUCCUUCCAAGACAAGAUGCUGAUCCGCUACAUUCCAGAGGAGCUAGUACUGAGCGUGGGCGAGUCGCCGUUCGAUCCGCGUGCGGUAUCUACAGCCUGAUGUUGGGAGAGAAGCCGAUUGUGGGUACAGGGAGGUUGGUUUGGAAUUCUAGAUAGGAGAAUGAAGCUAUUCGUGAUGAAAUGGUGGAA